AUGGAGUCUGUGGAUUCCGGAGAAGCCCCUUCGAGGGGUGCGGCUACGCCGGGGUCGCCGCAGGGGACUGGGAGGCUCUCCAGCCCUCCGGUUCAGGAGGAAGUCCCCCUGCGGCAAGUAGUGACUACGGCUGCAGGAGAGACGGAGAGAAAGACAGUGAAGAGGGACAGAGAGAGUUGUUAUGCGCUUCAGCUUCUCCAAGGGCUCGGCCGCCUCCUAGGGAGAGGCGGCCCAGGGCAUGGAUUGAGGGAAUAUAUACGGCGCCUAGACCCAUCGUGGACGUGCACGGAAGACAGAAAGAUCCCUCUAGACGAUAAAAUCCUCGAGACAAUGAAAAACACCUUCUGGCUAACGCGCAUCAAUGCUGGCCUCAUUGGUUCUGAAGGCCUGACGCCUGCACAGGAUUUGGUGGAGGAGACAAAGGCCUCCUUUGGAGAUAUGCGGGGCUGGGACCGUGUGAAAGCGUUCCCCUCUCUCUUUCUCUUUGUACCCCCGACAGACUUCUGGCUGAACGCGUUGGCACUGCUUGGAAUGGUGCUUUCUGGCGGCGUAUUCUUAGCCGGUGCCGCUAGCGGAAGUGUCUUGCUACUGCAGUGGAUGCUGUACCUGACGCUUGUGAGUGUUGGGCAGGAGUGGUGUGGCUUCGGCUGGGAUUCGCAGCUUUUAGAGACAGGCAACGCCGCCUUUGCUCCCUUGCUGGCCCUCGCUCCUGCUCUCCUCUGCCUUGACGAUUGCUGCUUGUCCUGUCUCUUCUCUGUCAAAACCCUCGGGCGGCUGGAGAGUCUCACCUGCGGAGUAGGAGGGGACUGGGCGUGUCCCCUUUACCAGGGCUGGCCGCUGGACUUCCAUGCUGGAGAGCAGCAGCAACAGCAGCAACAGUCGUUAGACGAAGAGGCUCAAGCCCUCCUGGAUAAGCCUAACAACGUUGCCAGCGAGAACCGCUUCGACAUGGUAGGAGGAGCAGGCAACAGUCCUUCUGGAGAGGGGAGGAGGUCUUGCUGCUGCUAUUACUGGCCAGACUUUGUGGGGUAUCUGAAGCGCUGCCGACUGCCUCGAGGUUCUGUGGACUUGGUCAUCAGACACCUGAGAGACCGCUGGUGGCAAACAGCAGUGGAGGCCACUCUUGCUGCUGCAGUCCUAUGCUGUGCGUGGAUGCUGUCACGUGCUGAGGCAUGUGCAGUGUGGGUGGUGCUGAGUCAGUUCUUUUUGGUGCUGUUGCAGUCCGCUUUCUCAGCCUUUGUCUCCUGCACCAAGGCCUCCUUCGUCUUCACAGAAAUUGUCCUAUCUGCAGCUACACUGUCCAGUUUCAGCAGCAUCUUCGCUAACGGCCCCGAGAUUCCUGUAGCCCACUUCGAGCCAUUCCAAGUUCUGAACACGUAUGGCGUUCCAGGCCAAGUCCAAAGGGCGCGGUAUGAGUUGAUUGUUCAGGGCACUGACGCUGCAGAAGUGAAUGCCGACACAGAGUGGAAAAAUUAUGAAUUCAAGUGCAAGCCGACUUCACUCGAUCGCGCGCCGUGCUUCUUAGGCCCAUAUCACCACCGUCUCGACUGGCAAAUGCAUCUCGCCGCAUUUGAAGAUCCAAAAGCUGUCGCGUCGCGACACAGAUGGUUUCCCCAGUUCCUCGCGGCUCUGCUAAAAGCAGCAGGGAACGGCCCGUGGUGGGAGAUAAAACGUGGAUCGACAGAAGUGUUUGUACACCCUGAGGCGGUUCCAGGGGCUACGGAGCACUUGCAGCAGCUACUGGCUGCUCGCGAGCAACGACAGCGAGCAGAAGAGGCGCAGAGGCGUGCUGCAGAGGAGGCACGGCUGAGGCGGGAGGAGGCGGAGGAGCUGCAGCGGCGGCUGGAGGCUGCCCGCCGCGCUGCUGCAGAACUGAAAAAACAGCAGGAAGAGAAGGAACAGCGGGAGCGAGAGGCAGAGGCGCGGCGGCAAGAAGAAGCAGCAGCGCGCAAGAAGGCUGCCGAAGAAGAAGAACAGAAAGCAAGAGAAAAGGCAGAAAAAGAAGCAGCAGAAGCAGCCAAAGAGGCGGCCCGCAAGGCGCAAGCAGAGGCUCGAGCGCAAGCGCAAGCCCAGGCAGAGGCGCAGCGACGGGAGAUGGAACGAAGACGGCAUGAGGAACUCGAGAAGGAAAAAGCAGCAAACGAGGCUCGCAAAAGAGAGGAGAAGAGAAAGAAACUAAUAGCCGAGCAGCAGAAGAGAGAGGAAGAAGAGGCCAAAGCACGAGAGGCACAGAGAGAGAAAGCACAAAGGAGACAACAAGAGGAGCAGGAACGACUAAAGGCAGAAGCCCAAAGACAGGCGCUCCAAGAAGCAGAAAAGAAGAAAAAGCAACAACAACUGCAACAACUCCUUGUCUCACUGACAAAACAUGAACUCGGUGGCGUCCCCCUUCGGAAUGCCGUCCAACUUUCAAAGACGGCCCACCACCGGAGGAGUUCUGCAAGAGCAGCGAUAGUAGCCACACCUACACAAUAG